UACUUGCAACCGCGGAGGCAACAGUCUCGACCGUUGCCUGGCAAAGGUCACUGAUUCCGCAGUGUUCCAUACGAAUAUGUUUGAUACCGCAAAUUCAUUUGUGUGUUGCUGACAUCAGUACUACUUAUAUUGUAAACAUGCACUGAUUACAGUUUAAAAUUAAUGGUGAUCGUAGAAUGAGAAUUAUCUCACUGCAAUCUCAUCUGCCAUCUAUUUUACAAAUUUCUUUCAUUACGUAAAUCACGUUGUGGAAGGUGUGUGAAAUUGUGGAGAAACCUUAGAAUGAGCUCUUCAUGUUGUAAAGAAGUAAAUGAAUGUCGCUCGAGUUGGAAGCAACGAAGGCCGCCUACAGUGCUUCUUUGUAGAGGAAUUGGAGUCCAUCCGUCCAACUUCAGACAUCGACGGAGUCGAAAACGCCUUCUAUCAAACGAGUUUAAUGGAAAGUUCUCGCGAGAGCACUGAGGCCGGCGUUCUUCUCUGCUGCACGCCCUGUUCAGCUCGCUCUCUGCUGCCUUCUCGCCGCAGCACGCUCUCUGCUCUCCGGUGACGAUUAGUCGGCUCUCGGCGGCUCCAGAUAGUGUCUGCUGCCGGGAACUUGGGAGAGCUGCCCCGUUUUUCCGCUGGUUAAAGUAACGAUGUAAUUUCCCUAAAGUAACGAAGACUUUCCCUAAGCAAGAAGUCAUUGUUCGCAAAUUAUUUUAUCACAAACUGAACGUUAUGCUUGGUGUAUUGAUUGAAAUUUCGCUGCAUCUGAAUAUCAGUUAUUUCUUUCAACGCUACUAGAGUACUGUAGCACUUGGUUUUACA